AUGGUGACAGUUGCGCUGAGCCUGAGGGUCGGUGGCUGGGCGUGCGUCUGCAGGAGGUACCUGUGCAACGAGGCGCGAGACACUGUGCGUAUGCGCGAGGGUGCCAGCACGCCCGAUGCUACUCUAUACCGGAGGAGGGUAACCUGGAUAUUCAUGUUCGAUGACCAGCGCGAAAGGUUCAUUCAUAACUCGUCGCCCAACGGGGACUGGAGGAAACUUGACGUCGUGGAAGCGUCCCUUCCUGUCGGAUCGGUCUGGGACGAAGCCGUCGUAUCCAAUAUCAUCGCCAAGGGCUUGUGCGUGUCUUCGGUCAGCUCAUCUUUUGGUAACAUUUAA